GAAGCGCGUGAGCUAAUGGGACACGUCCCAGCCUGCGAGCUUCCGGUUGGUUCAGCCAAUCGCAGGAGAGUGCGCCGCGCCUUCUAAAGUCGUCCGCUGUCUGUCAAAGCUUCCUGCCGAUGUCGCCUGUCCUAUGAACCUGCCCCGACCAUCACUACUGCAUCACUGAUCCACCACAAAGCGUAAAGAUGGCGGCCCGGGUGGUAAUAUUUUUCAAGACCAUGCAAGCAGCACGAUGCCCGACAGAUGAGCUUUCACUGACAAAUUGUGCCGUGGUCAGCGAGAAGGAUCUGCAGUCCGGACAACACGUGACUGUGAAGACCACACCCAACCACAAGUUUGUGUUUACGGUCAAGACCCACCACACUGUGGCACCUGGUUCCAUUGCCUUCAGCCUGCCACAGCGAAAAUGGGCCGGUCUCUCCAUUGGCCAGGAGGUGGAAGUGUCAAACUACAACUUCGACAAGUCCAAGCAGUGCAUCGGUGCCAUGACAAUCGAAAUUGACUUCCUGCAGAAGAAGAGUACUGACUCCUCACCUUAUGACUCGGAUAAGAUGGCGGCCGAGUUCAUCCAGAAGUUCAACAGCCAGGGAUUUUCUGUCACGCAGCAGCUGGUGUUCAGUUUCUGUGAUAAACUCUUUGGACUGGUUGUCAAAGACAUUGAGGCAAUGGAUGCCAGCAUCCUCAAAGGUGAAGCCCCCUCUGGAAAGAAAGCACAGAAGAUUGAUGUUGGACUGCUGGUGGGCAACAGCCAGGUGAUUUUUGAGAAGGCAGAGAGUUCAUCCUUGACACUUGUUGGCAAGGCAAAGACCAAGGAGGCACGUCAGACAAUCAUCAAUCCAGACUGGAACUUUGAGAAAAUGGGCAUUGGCGGUCUGGAUAAGGAAUUCUCCGACAUCUUCCGGAGAGCUUUUGCUUCUCGAGUCUUCCCUCCCGACAUUGUGGAGCAGAUGGGUUGUAAGCACGUGAAGGGCAUCCUGCUGUUUGGACCUCCGGGCUGUGGUAAAACCCUGAUGGCCAGGCAGAUCGGCAAAAUGCUUAACGCCCGGGAGCCGAAGAUCGUCAACGGUCCCGAAAUCCUCAACAAGUACGUCGGCGAGUCGGAGGCCAACAUCCGCAAGCUGUUCGCUGACGCAGAGGACGAGCAGAAGCGGCUGGGGGCCAACAGUGGGCUUCAUAUCAUCAUUUUUGAUGAGCUGGAUGCCAUCUGCAAGCAGAGAGGCACGGGUGCCAGCAGCACAGGUGUGCACGACACUGUGGUCAACCAGCUCCUCUCCAAGAUUGACGGUGUGGAGCAACUCAACAACAUCCUGGUCAUUGGGAUGACCAACAGGCCUGACCUGAUCGACGACGCCCUUAUGAGGCCUGGAAGGUUUGAGGUCAAGAUGGAAAUUGGUCUUCCCGACGAGAAAGGUCGCGUUCAGAUUCUCACCAUUCACACGAACAAGAUGCAAAGCUUCAACCUGCUGGCUCAGGAUGUCAACAUACCAGAGCUGGCAGCCGAAACCAAGAACUACAGCGGCGCAGAGCUGGAGGGGCUGGUCAGGGCCGCCCAGUCCACCGCCAUGAACCGACACAUCAAGGCUACAUCUACAGUUGAGGUUGACAUGGAGAGGGCAGAGAAGCUGAAGGUCACCAGGGAUGACUUCAUGGGAUCCCUCAACAAUGACAUUAAACCUGCAUUCGGAACAAACCAGGAGGAUUACUCCAGCUACAUCAUGAACGGCAUCAUCAAAUGGGGUGACCCGGUUACACACGUCCUCGAUGACGGCGAGCUGCUGGUACAGCAGACCAAGAACAGCGAUCGCACACCGCUGGUGGCCGUGUUGCUGGAGGGUCCACCCCACAGUGGAAAAACCGCUUUGGCAGCCAAGAUUGCGGAGGACUCACAGUUCCCCUUCAUUAAGAUCUGUUCUCCGGACAAGAUGAUUGGACACUCAGAGAUCUCCAAGUGCCAGGCCAUCAAAAAGGUUUUUGAUGAUGCUUACAAAUCCCAGCUCAGCUGUGUGGUGGUCGAUGACAUUGAACGUCUGCUCGACUACGUCCCAAUCGGACCGCGUUUCUCCAAUCUGGUUCUUCAAGCUUUGUUGGUGCUCCUGAAGAAAGCACCUCCCAAGGGUCGGAAGCUGCUCAUCAUCGGCACCACCAGCAGGAAGGACGUCCUCCAGGAGAUGGAGAUGUUGGAUGCCUUCAGCACCACCAUCCACGUCCCUAACAUCUCUACCGGGGAGCAGCUCGUUGAUGCUUUAGAGCUGUUGGGGAGCUUCACAGACAAAGAGAGGGCCGGCAUCGCGCACCAGCUUAAAGGAAAGCGAGUUUGGAUCGGCAUCAAGAAACUCCUUGUGCUUAUCGAGAUGUCGCUGCAGAUGGACCAAGAUUACAGAGUGACCAAGUUCCUGUCUCUGCUGCGGGAUGAGGGGGCGUUGAAUGAAGGCGAUCAAAUCCGAAUUUAAGCCGUCAGUCAGUGGGUCGCGCCACACCGGUAAGGUCAACAACGAAGGAGACCAACACUGCGUAGAGAUCCUUUAGAAUAGAAUCCUGAAAUUCCGCCAUUGGAAUACUAUCCAUACUAGACAUCGUUGUCAUUUAAUAGCUUGCAUAUUGCACAUUAUUUCUCAUUCAAGUGAUUCAUAGUUGACCUCUUUCAUAUCUUGAGGCAAGACUAUGUUACUAAACAACCACUGUAGGGAUAAGGGAAGCUUCAUCCUGAUUUUAGAACAAUUAUUAUUAAUCUUCUGCAUAUAAUAACAGUUGCACGAUCAUCAUUUCCAUACAUGCUGAGAUUCCUGUGCAUUCAAUUGAUCAAUUUAAUCAAAGGGAUCCAUUCAAAUUUUCAACAAAUCAAAUGGUCUUUUUGUCAUACAUGAAAUGAAUGCUUGUAACGUUUUAGGCUCUUUUUUUACACUUUAUCCUAAACAGUAUCCACUUUAUUUUCCACACUUCUAAAGCACGGUCCCGAGAAGGAUUUUAAAUUUUGGGGGGUUUGAAAUUCUUCCUUUUACAGGCAGUUAAGUGGCUUAGUUGGAUCACCACAGCCAAUCACAGGUCCUGUGUGAAGAGAGUGGUCAGAUGUACAUUCACACGUGCUGGCCAUUUGGGCGCGUCAGCUAGUCAACUGAUCGUGUACACGCGGAGAAACCACACAAGAGUACAUGCAAAAGCCGCAGAAGUUUGAAAAUUGCGAUUUUGUUUUCUUUUUGCAGUGCUAUUCAAAUAAAUGCGCGGCAGUUGAACCUUAUUGUAAACGGCAAGCAGAAUUGUCCACGUCUCCCUUUUUCUAUUUCACAGCGGUCGCAGCUUUUAUGAGUAGAGCGGCUUGAGCGCUUUCAUCAUCGACAAGCCGCAAAUAUCGUGCAAUGAGGAAGAGGAGCGGAGGAAGAAGAGCUCAUUAUCUCUCUGUCCACCCAGUCAUCCCUCCAUCCAUCUGUCUCAAUAUACACCUGGUAAAAGACACUAUACAAUCCCCCCUUUUUCUCAGCAUGCAAUAUCUCUGUCUCACUGCCCGUGUGUCAUCCCCAUCCCCAAAAUAUAGUCGUCGACAUAUCACUGAAAUCUACGGGAAGUCGUACUGUUAUUAAAUUGUUAUCUGUAAAGAGAUUGCACUAGAUGAUUGUAAAAAAAAAAGAAAUAUAAUAAUAAUAAAAAAAAAGUGCUGUUUUGUGCAUCGUGCUAAAACAAAGCUCUAUGUUUUUAGCUCCUUGUGUAGGAAUGUGUUGUAUUUGUUUUUGUCCUACUAAACUAUAGUCAGUAUGAUAUGUACUUACACAAACAAGGCAAGGCAGUACAAUGAGAAUGUUUCUAAAAUGGCGAUCAAUACGGUGCAGAUUAUUUGCUUUGAGGACUAUCAGAGGAUUGUUGUGAGAAAAAAGUACUUUGUUCCGUGUGUAAAUGUUAAGCCUUUAAAUCUCUGUAACUUGUCCAUGGCUUCAAACCAAUUGAAGGCCGAAAGUACAUAGUAUAUAUAAACACAGGCAGUACAUUGAGAAUCGUUGUAAUGAUCCAAGUUCUUUACAAGAUAUAUCAGUAUGAUUUGCUAUCCUUUGUGGUUCCAGAGAUGGCGACUUUAUCAGGUUAUAGUGGAAGUGAAUGCUUGUCUGUUCAGUUUAGUUUAGUUUAGUAAAGCGAGUGUAGCUUUGGCAUUGUCAGUGUUCCAUUAAAAAAUCUGCACUUUUAAGAUGGAUAUCAAAGAAAAAUAACUGAACAGAAAUAUGAGUACUUAAUGGUUCUUCAUGGAAGCUUGAGCUUGUGUCUACUCGUGCGCAUGCGUUGGAUCCUAAACGCUGCAUGUGUUAAAUUGGCGAAAUUGGUUACGCUUUCAAUAUUUUGUUGUACGACCGUUUGAGGUACUCAUUUUGCGUCCCGAAGCAGCACAUUUCACUCCCAGAAUGCACAAAUUCAGUUUUUCCUGUGCUGCCUGUACGAUGACGAACGAUGACAAUUUCAAAAGGUUGUACCCGCUGUGAGGUUAUGUCCCGGGGCUCAUCUGCCGUGCGCUCGCAAUCUGUGCAGCGUACGAUGAAAUCGCAAGACUUUCAACGCAUGCUGGAAGCAAACGUGCCGCUCGGGGUCAGAAGGGUGACGGCAUUGAUUACCUCAUGUGCUGCUGAAACAAAAUAUGUUAGUUAAACAAGCCAUCAUUUUGAUCCAGGCUACAUUUAUUAUGGUAGUUUGUUUUAAUCAUUCUGUUGGACCAGAAAAAAAAAACAAACGCGUGAUCAUUUGUUACAAUUCAGUAUAUUGUUUAUUUAAAAUGACUUUUGUCAGUUCUUUUUGUGACCAUCGUGGGUUUUCGUUUGUAAAUGGAAGGGUAACAAACAUUUUGCUGAUGCGUGUAGUUGUGUAUGUCUGAUAUAUUAACAAAUCAGUGAGCGUUGACUUUUUUCCAUUUUGAAUCGUGUUUAAUAACUAAUGUCCAAAGUUUUUGUUUUGUUCUAACCAUUGAUGAUAUGUGAAUUGGUGUGUGUAUGUGUGUGUGUGUAAAUAUAUAUAUAUAUUUCCAGAUGUAUUAUUGCAAUAAAAAGCACUGAUGCACAGAAAAGAAA